GAAGGAAUCUGAUGGGGAAAAACGCCGCACCGUUUCUGCGGAGACACGGAGCCGUUUCUCUCACCCCCCAAAUUCCUCGGAACCCACGAACCCAUGAUCCGUACCGCCCCUUAACCACGGUUAAUCCAUAAACUAACCAUGGUUAUCUCUCUCUCUCUCUCUCUCUCUCUCUCUCAGAGUCAUAUAUACCCUUCUUCUUCUUCUUCACCCGACCUUCCCUCUGGAAAUUCCUCCAAUAGCCAUCUCUGGAUGAGUUGCAAUGGAUGCCGAGUCCUCCGCAAGGGCUGCAGCGACGGCUGCAUGCUCCGGCAGUGCCUGCACCUCAUCGACUCCCCGCAGGCCCAGGCCCACGCCACCCUCUUCGUCGCCAAGUUCUUCGGCCGCGCCGCCCUCAUGUCCUUCGUCUCCGCCGUCCCCGCCGCCCACCGCCCCGCUUUGUUUCAGUCUCUGCUGUUCGAAGCCGUGGGAAGGACGAUAAACCCCGUGGGAGGGGCGGUGGGGCUGAUCAGGACCGGCAACUGGCGGCUCUGCCAGUCGGCGGUCGACACGGUGCUCCGCGGCGGCGCGCUGCAUGCGCUCCCCGAGCCAGUGGACCUCCCGUCGUUCGAUCUCGACCGGAGCUCGGCGUCGGGAGUGGACCACGUCAGGCCUCCGAGCCCACCAUCGCCUCCGACGCGAGACGAGCCGACGAAGAAGACCGAAGAGAAUCGUCUCGAUCUGUCCUUGAUGUCUCCCGCCUCGCGGCUGCAGCGGCCGACGACCCCGUCGGAGGAGGAGUCAGAGACGACGACGACGUGGCGGAGUGGGUCGUCGGAGAGCGGGUGUCCGAGACGAGAGGCGAAGCUCUUGACACUGUUCGUGUGAGUGGAGAGGUACCGGCUAACGGAACAGCCGGUGGAUUUUGAGGACUUCUCACCAACUGAGGAAGUGGCUUUUCUUUUGCAGUUUCUUUUUUUUAUUUAUUUUUUUCUGUGAAGCAUUUUGAUCCGUCCGAUCCGAUCCCAUAUCAGAGAAUGAGAUGGGCAUCAGACGGUGGCCAUGACAUGAGAAUAUAAACAUUUAAUGCGAUUAAUUCACGAAUUUUUGUGG